AUGGAAAAACAAACAGUCGAUUGUGAUGUUAUUGUCGUUGGCCUUGGGUGCUUUGGCCUAGGAGCAACAUAUUAUAUGUCAAAGAUGGGACUUAAAGUAAUUGGAUUUGACCAAGCCCAUAAACCUGGAGCAAUUGGAUCUGGCUCAGUAGGUUAUGGCCGCAUCUGGAGAUAUCUGCAUGCAGAAGACAGGUACUGUCAAAUGCAAAAAGAAGCAGAAGAGAUAUUCAAAGAAGUUGAGAAUAAAACUGGAAAAGAGAUUCUUCAUGGAGGUGGCUUACUAUAUAUGAAGAAGAAAGACCAUCCUGAGUUAAAUGAAUUACAAAAAUAUGGGGAAAGACUUACAGCAGCUCAAAUUAGGGAGAGAUACCCAGCAUUGAAAGUUCCAGAUUAUCUUGAGGGAGUUUUUACAAAAGAUGCAGGAGUUGUGAGAGUAAAGGAGUCAUUGACAUUAUUUAAAGAGUAGUCGGAAAACCAAGGAGCCAUUUUGAAAUAUGAUACCACUGUGAGUCACAUUGAUCAUCAAAAUAGCAUUGUAACAUUAGAAAAUGGAGAGAAAUUCAGAGCAAAAAAUGUCGUCGUCACUUGUGGCGCCACUACUGAUCAAUUCUAUUAAUAGAAGGAUUAGUUUAAGGCUAGAAAAUAGUUGAUCAAUUGCUUCUAUUUAAGUGAUAAUGUUAAUUUACCAACAGCAUUCUUGAUGGAAGAUUUAGAAGAAGCUGGCGGUAUUAUGGUAUUUGGUACAAUUGAUGGUGAAAAUUUUUCUACCUAUAAAGUGGGCAAUGAGUGUGAUGAUAUUGACCCUCAUUUAAUAUCAUGUUUAGACUUGCUUCUAUUCAAUGAGCCAAGACGAUGA